AUGGCACCCACAGAAGUGCACGAGUACGAUUACAUAGUUAUUGGCGGCGGCAGCGGGGGUAGCGGCGCUGCUAGGAGAGCGUCGGGUUGGUAUAAAGCAAAGACCCUUAUUAUUGAGAAUGGGAGGUCUGGCGGGUGCUGUGUGAAUGUCGGCUGCGUACCCAAAAAGAUGACCUGGAACUUUUCCUCCAUUGCCGAAACCCUGCGUGAUGGAGUGCAUUACGGCUAUGACAUCCCCAAGAACAUCCCCUUCGACUUCUCCGUCUUCAAACGCAAGCGCGACGCCGUCAUCGAGCGCCUCAACGGCGUGUACGAGCGCAACUGGAACCGUGAGGGAAUCGACCUCGUUCACGGCACCGCCCGCUUCCUUAGCAAGAAGGAGAUCGAAGUUGAGUUGCAGGACGGCUACGGGAAAAAAGUCCGGUACACGGCCCCGAAGAUUUUGAUUGCUACCGGUGGUUACCCGCUUAUCCCCGACGAUACAUCCGGUGCGCACCACGGUAUCACUAGUGACGGGUUUUUCGACAUCGAGGUCCUCCCGCCCAAGAUCGCGGUGGUUGGUGCGGGAUAUAUCGCUGUCGAGCUGGCAGGUGUGAUGCAGUCCAUUGGCGUCGAGACCCACAUGUUUAUCCGUGGCCAGACGUUCUUGCGCAAAUUCGACCCGAUGAUCCAAACUACGAUGACCAAACGGUAUGAAGAUAUGGGCGUGAAGAUCCACAAGGGAUUCAAGAAAUUUGAAGCGGUGGAGCUCCUCAGUGCUGGAAAGGGGGCGGAGAAGAGGCUGAAGAUCACUAACAGUGGCGGGGAGGUGUUUGAGUUUAACGAACUGCUGUGGGCGAUUGGAAGAGCUCCAGCUAUUCAGGAUCUGACACUGGAGAACGCUGGAGUCCAGCUUACACCCACCGGCCAUAUUGCUGUUGAUGAGUUUCAAAAUACCUCCGUGGACGGCAUUUAUGCCUUGGGUGACGUGACUGGACAAGCAGAACUGACUCCUGUCGCCAUCGCCGCCGGUCGGCAGCUCGGAAACCGCCUGUUCGGGCCUGCCGAACUCAAAUCCUCCAGACUAUCCUACGACGUCAUACCUACCGUCGUCUUCUCGCAUCCCGAAGUCGGCACGACAGGCCUGACGGAGCCUGAAGCCAUCGAGAGGUACGGCAAGGAGAAUAUCAAGGUCUAUCAUACGAAAUUCUCCGCGAUGUUCUACGACGUUAUGCCAGCGGAGGAGAAGCAGAAAAACCCGACGGAGAUGAAACUUGUCUGCGCGGGCCCUGACGAAAAGAUCGUUGGUCUGCAUAUUCUGGGCCUGGGUGUUGGAGAGAUGUUGCAGGGCUUUGGGGUGGCGGUUAAGAUGGGAGCGACAAAGAAGGAUUUCGAUUCUUGUGUGGCCAUUCAUCCGACAAGCGCUGAGGAGUUGGUCACGAUGCGGUAG